UUGUCCCAACAAGCAUCAUGCCUCCCAAAACUUCCGGAAAGGCUGCCAAGAAGGCCGGUAAGGCCCAAAAGUCUAUCACCAAGGGUGAUAAGAAGAAGAAGCGCAGGAGGAAGGAGAGCUACAGCAUCUACAUCUACAAGGUGCUCAAGCAGGUCCACCCUGAUACCGGUAUCUCCUCCAAGGCCAUGUCUAUCAUGAACUCUUUCGUGAAUGACAUUUUUGAGCGCAUUGCAGCUGAGGCUUCCCGCCUUGCACACUACAACAAGCGUUCCACCAUCACCAGCCGGGAGAUUCAGACCGCUGUCAGGUUGUUGCUCCCUGGAGAACUGGCAAAGCACGCUGUUAGUGAGGGCACCAAGGCCGUCACCAAGUACACUUCCUCCAAGUAAAUCUCUAGGUUGCAUCAUUUGUUUGCCUCCUAGAACAACAUCGGCUCCUUUAGGAGCCACA